CAGCUGUCAGCGGGGUAUUUCUGAACAGGAGCACAGCACGCCGCAGAGUCAUCCAACCAAGUAACCGACUAUGGCUCGCACCAAGCAAACCGCCCGGAAGUCAACCGGUGGAAAGGCCCCCCGCAAGCAGCUGGCAACCAAAGCAGCUCGCAAGAGUGCCCCGGCCACCGGUGGGGUCAAAAAGCCACACCGUUUCCGGCCGGGCACUGUCGCCCUGCGUGAAAUCCGUCGCUACCAGAAGUCCACCGAGCUGCUACUCCGCAAGCUUCCCUUUCAGCGUUUGGUCCGCGAAAUCGCCCAGGACUUUAAAACCGACCUGCGCUUCCAGAGCUCGGCCGUAAUGGCUCUGCAGGAAGCUUGCGAGGCAUAUCUGGUCGGUUUAUUCGAAGACACCAACCUGUGCGCCAUCCACGCGAAACGUGUCACCAUUAUGCCCAAGGACAUCCAGCUUGCUCGUCGGAUCCGUGGCGAGCGACCGACUAUGGCUCGCACCAAGCAAACCGCCCGGAAGUCAACCGGUGGAAAGGCCCCCCGCAAGCAGCUGGCAACCAAAGCAGCUCGCAAGAGUGCCCCGGCCACCGGUGGGGUCAAAAAGCCACACCGUUUCCGGCCGGGCACUGUCGCCCUGCGUGAAAUCCGUCGCUACCAGAAGUCCACCGAGCUGCUACUCCGCAAGCUUCCCUUUCAGCGUUUGGUCCGCGAAAUCGCCCAGGACUUUAAAACCGACCUGCGCUUCCAGAGCUCGGCCGUAAUGGCUCUGCAGGAAGCUUGCGAGGCAUAUCUGGUCGGUUUAUUCGAAGACACCAACCUGUGCGCCAUCCACGCGAAACGUGUCACCAUUAUGCCCAAGGACAUCCAGCUUGCUCGUCGGAUCCGUGGCGAGCGGUGAACGCAGCGCAGUGCAGCAGACGACAAACAAUAAAAAGGCCCUUUUCAGGGCCACUAGAGCGCAUGACGAAAGAGAUUGCUUGGGCCGACGACUGGGAAUGAAUCGCCUGCUUUGAGGGUGCUUACAGCAGGGUGACCAGACCACUCUAGUCGACAAAAUAAAUUCCCGGUAGGCUUUUCGAUAGUUCUAACUGCUGUUUAGUCGGAAAGGUUUUGAGAUAUUGAUUGCACCCCAGAAGCUAUGUGGGAGGAAAAUAAUGAAAAGUGCACAUAUCGACGGUUUCGUGCAAUACUGGCACAACUCGCAAAGCACAGAAAA